AUGCCCUCGCGGCUUCCCUCGGGCGUCGCGUCUUCGCUCUCCCACUGCGUUCCGGCGGCGCGGUCACAGUGCACACCGCAGGCAUCACACCAAUGGCACGCCCGCAGCUUCUCCCGGUCAUGUCGCAAUGAACAGACGGCGCUGCGGCGGCAGAUGUACGACUGGCUGAACGGACCGGGCGCGAAGCUCAGAUACCCGCUUCCGGGAUCGACCAACUACCUCGGCGCGUACGACAAACAGGGCAACCUGCUGCGGGAGGUGCCAAAGGCGCCACCGAAGAAGAGGGAGCGGGAUGACGAGGAGGAGUUGGGAGAUGGAGGGCUCGAGGCUCACAUCGAGGCUCCCAAGGCCGAGGAGGCCGAGGCGGAGCAGGAUGACGGCAAACUGCCACCAGAGAGCAAGCAGGAUCUGAGUCCGUUCCCGCUGAACAAGCAUUUCCACAGCCAGCCGGUGCUGAGCGAGGAGCUGCGCGAGAAGGUCUACGAGGACUCGGUGGUCGACAAGAAGCCGUUGGCGGUGAUCAGCACGAGCUACAAGAUCACGAUGGAGAGGGCGGCGGCCGUCGUGCGGUUAAAGACGAUGGAGAAGCAGUGGGAAGCACAGGGCAAAUCAAUGGCGAAACCCUACUCCAAAGCCGUCCUCCAAAUGCUGCCCCAAACCCCCCUCUUCUCCAACCCCAACUUCCAACCCCCGCACGAGCCCAUCGCCGACAUCCCCGUCCACUCGGCCACGCGCCAGCAGCUCUUCUACCCCACCUCCGAGUCCCGCCACUUCACCCGCGCCGACGCCGCCAAAGCCUUCGCGCCCGACCUGCUCCCCGCCGACCAGCGCAUCCCCCAGCCCGGCCUCGUCGAGGUCGAGCGCGACCAGCUGGUGGGCCUCAGCUUCGACGAGCGCGUCGAGCGCCAGAAGGAGCGCAACGCGCGCAACGCCGAGGAGCAGCUGCGGCGCAAGGCCAAGCAGGCGGCCAAGGAGGCGCGGACGCAGCGCGUGCUCGGCAGGAGGUGGGACUUCAAGUUCCAGGACUUCAGCGUCGAGCAGGUCGGCAGGGAUGGCAGGGGCGGCGCCGGCGUCGGCUGGAGGUAUGGCAUGCCGCAUGAGGAUCGGAAGAGGGGCCAGGUUAAGAUACCCACGAGGGUGGAUACGUGA